AUCCAUUUCUCAAUUCACUAACAAUUCAUCAUUUUCUCACAAACUAUGGGUUUAUUCGAUGUCGGUACACCGCUCUCCCACGAAGACACCUUGAAAUGGGCUCCAUACGUUAGAGAUCACGGGAUCACUCAGUUUAUUAAUUUGUAUAAAAAAGAAGCGAAACGAAAAAAUGAUCCGUUUAAAUGGGGGGAUGAAAUUGAAUACACACUUGUGAACUUCAAUGAAAAUAAAAAAGAAGCAAAAUUAAGUUUAACAAGUCGUCAAGUCCUUGAAGAGAUAGAUGGUGAUUGUUUCAAGAAAAAUGGGAUUUGGACACCAGAAUAUGCUGCAUUCAUGAUAGAAGGUACUCCUGUGACACCAUACGAAGGUUUAAAUUUUGUUGAAGUUGAAGAAAAUAUGAGAAAAAGAAGAAAAGAGUUGCGGAGAUUUUUGAAAAAUGGCGAAAAUUUGCUUUGCAUUACUAGUUUUCCCAGAAUGGGCUGCAAAAAUUUCACUGUACCCGAAUGUGAAGCAACCCCCGGAACAGGGCUAACUAAAUCCAGAUUUUAUCCUGACGCAGCCGUGUGUCAAAUUCAUCCAAGAUACCAAAAUACGACAAAGAAUGUCUUAGGAAGGAGAGGAGAAAAACCUUUUUAUAAUCUCCCAGUAUUUAAGGACACAAAUACAAAGUUCCCACUGGAUGAUUGUUAUAAAUCAGAAAAAAAUGCUCUUCCAGAUCAUAUUUAUCUAGAUGCUAUGGGAUUUGGAAGCGGAUAUUCUUGUUUACAGGCCACUUUUCAAGCUUCAAAUAUUAAUGAGGCUAGAGUGCUUUAUGAUCAGUUAGCACCAUUUUGUCCUAUAAUGAUGGCUUUAACAGCAGCGGCACCUUUUCACAGAGGUUACAUUACAAAUAUAGAUACUAGAUGGAGUGUGGCUUGCAAUACACAUGAUUGCCGUACCACAGAAGAACGAGGUCUCGUACCUUUGAAACAUAACAAAUUCGUAAUACCAAAAUCACGAUACGGUUCAAUAGAUUGCUAUAUCUCCCCAUUGGGUGAAAUUUAUAAUGAUUCGAAUGUAUUUUAUUAUGAAGAGGAUUACAAAAAAUUGGUUAAUAGCGGAGUCGAUAGCCUUCUUGCGAAACACAUUGCUCAUUUAUUUAUUAGAGACACCAUUUCUUUGUUUGAAGAAAAUCUUUAUCAAAAUGACGAAGAAGAAACCGGACAUUUUGAGAACAUUCAAUCUACAAAUUGGCAGAGCUUGAGAUUUAAACCUCCACCACCAGCUCUUGGAAUCGGAUGGAGAGUGGAAUUCAGACCAUGUGACCUACAAAUUACCGAUUUUGAGAAUGCAGCUGUAGUCUGUUUUUUGGCACUUCUAACGAGAAUUAUUUUGAAAUAUGAUCUGAAUUUUUUAAUUCCUCUAAGCAAGGUCGAUGAAAAUAUACAAAGAGCACAGAAACCUGACGCGAUAAUACAGCAGAAAUUUUGGUUCAGGAAGCAUAUUUUCCAAAACAAAGUUAACCUCAAAAAUGGAAUUUCUAAGCGUAAUUCUAAAAUGAAAUACCGACAUAUCAACGAUAAAUCAAAAUAUUCAAAUGGCAGCCACGGUGCUUUGACAAAUAAGCAAAACGGUCAUUUCAAUGUAUAUACUAACGAAAAAUUAGAAGCCAUAAAUGGCUGUGUUAAUAAUGAAAAAUGUACACGUGAGUUAAAUUCUCAUAUGUGUAAAGCUUGUGAAAAUAAUAAUUUGAUGCCUGAACGGCGUAUAAGCAUUGGUAAUGGGAUGGAAAAUGUGAAAAAAUAUUUGGCUGUGGCAAAUGAGACUGACGACAAUAACAGAAACACUUUCGAAGAUAAUUUUGUAGAAAUGACUAUCAAUGAAAUCCUAAAUGGAAAGAAAGGGUCUUUUCUGGGAAUUAUACCCCUGAUGAAGACAUAUUUGGAUAAUUUAGAUUUAAAUCAAGCAAAUCGUUCCAAAAUAAAUAAAUAUUUAAAUUUAAUGGAGCGUAAAUCAACUGGAGAAUUAUUUACAACAGCUGCUUGGAUGAGGAAAUUUGUAACAGAUCAUCCUAAAUACAGAUACGAUUCUAUAAUUACAGAAGAAAUUAACUACGAUCUUUUAGUUAUGAUGCAGAAAAUUCAAAAUGGUGAAGUAACUUGUCCAGAAUUGUUAGGAGAUUUAUAAAAAAAUAACCGCAGAAUAAGCUACCAAUUUAUUUACUGAUAUUCAGUAAUCAGAUUAAUUUGAACGGAAUUGGAUACAGUUUUUCUUGGAUGCGGGUUCAUCUGAGAUUGAUUUUUGAUGUAAUUACUGGAUGACUUGUAGUUUAAAAUAUUAAAUCAGUGAAGUAAGUCAUGAGGUUUGAUGACCUGGGAGUCAACGUUGCUAAAUUUUAGCUCAAUGUAAUACACAAUACAAACGUUAUUUAUGAGAAGACACUUAUGGAGAUAUUUGCUUAUCAAAUUUCGGAAAAUAUACCAAAAUACAACAUAUUUGAUCGGAAUAAACUUACCAGGGAGAUGUGAGAUAUAGAUAUUGUUUUUUAUGUUCCUAAAUCGUCUUGAUUUUAAGUCUCGUCUGUUUUAAAAUUAGUUUUUUUAAUAAUUUUUGAAUGGCAGAUAAAAAUUUGAUGUUUCGACUUCUUUUAGCCUUUAUCUUUAUUUUGAUACAGACUGAAAGUAGUCGAUACGUCAAAUUUUGUCAAAAAUUAUAAAAAGAAAACUGAUUUCAAAACAGAAAAGAUCUAAAAUUAAGACGAUUUAGAAGCAUAAACAUAUAUAAAAGGUCUAAGAAAUAAGAAAUGUUGUUAUUAGAUCUACUUAGAAGAAAUGUGUACAGUAACAGUUUUUGCUGAAACUUUUACAAAAGUUUAUGAUUGAUUAGAGAAGAUAAUCUCCAAAAGUAUUUUUGCUCCUCAGUCUUCUUCAUAGUCCUAACUAUUCAACGAAAUAUCUUUGAAAAUAUUAAAUUUAUAGAAAACGUUUUCAAACAAAAAAUGAAGCUUAUAAAAAGCUCUACAGAAAAGGUUAUAAUUUUUUUACGUAAACCUAUUUACCUGUAUAAAAUAUAAAUUCAAAGACUGUUUAGUUCAAAUGAUUAAAUCAUAGACCAUUAUUGUGCAAUUAAUUCAUGCAAUUCUACUACUACUACCACUAGCACUACAGCCCCCAAAGAGCCUUGGCUUCGUUCACCACAUUCCUCUAGUCAUCACAGUCCAACGCUCAGUGUCUCCACCACCUCACACCUAGCUUUUGAAGAUCUUCUUCAACAUCGUCCAGCCAACCUUUGCGUAAUUGCCCAGGCCAUUGGGCUCCUGCUGGUACGCUUUGCGCACACCCCAGGCAUACGUCCCAAGUGACCUAGCCAACUGGGUCUGGCCCUUUUGAGUUCUGACACGAAGCUGGGGUCUUUAUAGCGCCGGUACGGUGUUUGUACGGCUGCGCCACACGCUCUGCUCGCACUCUGGUCCAUAUAUUCGCCGAAGAUCUUUCGCAUCCAGGUCUCGCUAGCGUACAUGAUAAGUAAACGUGACUUAGUAGUCGUUGGAGACUAUGCCCUAUUUCCCGUUUUGACAUGUUUUCUUAUUUCCAUUGAAUUGUCAUUAUUUUCGGUCUAAAUACUUAUUUAUUUUCACACAAAUUCACCUAUCAAUUGACGGAAACCCAAGCGAACAGUACUAAAUCUUCUUAAUAUAUAAAAAUUCAGUGUCCGUGUGUAUGUUCCGAAUGAAACAAACAAAAACGAGUCAAUAAUAAACUGCUCAACAACGUUGAUUGUUGUUAUUAAUCGUAGUUUCCAUAAGUAUGGAACAGAUGGCGCCUUAAGCGAAUUUCUUUAGAGAGAGCUGUAGGUAAACAGUUUACUCUCAGUCUUUGAAGACGAUAUCUUGGUUAUCGAAACACGCGUCAGACAGUGUAAUUGUGAGUGUUGGUGUAGUGGUAGUGUAAACAGUGCGUUUAGUAGCCAAAAGCCAAAAGAAUAGGUUUUGGAAAAAACAUUAUUCAACCUUUUUCGUGUCGCUUUUUGAGCUCAAUUUUUUGUUUGAAAUUUUUUCGGAGAGGUGAAGUGGCAGGAGAGCAAACGCUACAAAACCUGUUAGAGAUUAUCUUCUCUAAAAAAGGACAAAAUGUCAUAAAAAUCGAGGGAUCCAUCUUUUCGAAAUUUUAUCCGGAAAAAUCAAAAAUAUGUCUAAACUAAUGUGUUAUUUUUAAAUAAAACAUUCACAUUC